AUGGCCAAGACAUUUGAAAAGGAGAGAAAGCGCAUCGCGAAGAAGAAGGGCGGCAAGAUUGAGGCUCUUCACGCCAACAGCAGAAACGCCAAGCGACUUCACACAGCCGUCAUUCGUGAUGACCGUCUGAAGGCUCUUGCUGCUGCCCGCAAGAAGCAAGACAAGCCUCUGAUUCGCCGUACUCGCUUCUUCUUGGAGGCCGCACGCGAGAAUGAGCUGAAGCCUCUUGAUGAAGCUGCCGUCCAAGCCAAGAUCCUAGAGUUUGUUGGGCAACACAACGAGGAAUAUGAGGAGAUCAAAAAGACACGCCGUGCCGGACGCCCACCCAGCACAAGAGAGGAUCUGCUGAAGAUGGCCAUUGAGGCUCUUGAGACGGAGCACAAGAAUGGUUUCUGUAAGCCGAACCUUAUUACCAUGACCGCCUGA